CAUCGGUCGGUGCGGUUGUUUUUCGCGUGUGCUCCGUAUUAUUUUGCCUUUUCAUCGGUAAUAAUCGUUAAACUAAUCGGAAUAUGGACGCAAAUGAUACAUGUGAAUCGGAAGUAUGUGAAAAUAAUGGAUAACCUUCCGGAUUUGAGUGAAAUUGUGUGAAAAUAGGGAAGAAACUGUCGACUUGUUCCCCGUGCAACAUCAGCGAGCUGAUUUCCCAAGAAGAGAUAUUCGCGUGUGUGUGAGUGAAUUCGAGGCGCCGCUUCACGUUCGGUCUCUGCUGCCGUUCGUGUGUUGUCUUCGGGCGAUGGUUUGCUGCGGAUCGUUCGUUUCGUUGCUCAUACGAGAAGUAGCAGUUAAGUAAUGGCGGAUGUGUUUAGUGCUUAGUGUGGUAUAAAAAUGACUUUUUCGGAAGGAUUUCAUCAGUGAACCGAAACCAGAUCGUGCUAAAAUGGAACUGCAAAGUGUAGAGAACAGGAAUGUCCUGGUUCCAGAAUUAUAUUUCCUAAUAUCCAAGUUUUUGGCCAAUGGACCGUUACGGGAAACGGCCAAGGUAUUGGCCCGUGAAUUGGAGCAUUUAAAUAUUUUACCGCGCCGUCUGGAUUGGACCGGACAGGAGCAUCAUCAGACCUUGGAGGAGUUGGAAAGAAAAUACCCUCACAUCGGACCGCACCAUCUGCUGGAGCUAUGUUCCCGCAUAGGACCCAUCCUGGACAAGGAUCUGGCCCCGGCCGUUCCCGGGGUACUGUCGCUGAUGGGAGCCGGCCGGCAGAGUGUUCUGCGCACGAAAGAAAGUAUAACCCGGCCGCGCCAGCUGGUGGACUAUUGUACCCGGCUACAUCACAUGCCGCUGGCGGAUGCGAUUCAUCGGAACAAUACUCACAACAUAGUGAAGGUGCUGUAUGGACGGGAAAGUGCUGGUCCGAUAGUUCGCAGCCUGGCAAUACCUACCUCAUUCUACUCGAAGCAGAACUUGCAGCGGCAAACGUUGGGCCACCUGUCGGCCGUUUAUUGUGUGCUGUUUGAUCGAACAGGAAAAUAUAUCAUUACAGGGGCUGAUGAUCUGUUGGUCAAACUGUGGAGUGCAAUCGACGGACGGCUGUUGGCGACGUUUCGUGGAGCGUCCGCUGAAAUUACCGAUAUUGCUAUAAAUCUUGAUAACACUAUGCUGGCAGCGGGGUCGCUUGAUCGAAUACUGCGCGUGUGGGAUCUACAAUAUGGUGGACCAAUCGCGGUGCUAUCCGGGCACACAGGAAUGAUAACGUCGGUAAACUUUUGUCCAUCCCCGAAGGCUGACCUACGUUAUUUGGUUACUACCAGCACAGAUGGAUCUGUUGCCUUCUGGGAGUAUAGUACCCGUAGUGGAAAGGCUUCGUUCAAUGCGAAACCCGUCAUGUAUCAUGAGAAGUUGCGUCCCGGUCAGGCACAGAUGAUUUGUGCAUCAUUUUCUCCGGGUGGAAUAUUUCUGGCAGCUGGCUCGGCAGAUCAUCACGUGCGUGUUUAUUUGAUGGGGGAAGACGGUCCAAAACGAAUUCUGGAAACGGAGUCACAUUUGGAUACGGUUGAUUCGAUCCAGUGGGCCCACAAUGGAUUGAAGUUUAUUUCUGGCAGCAAAGAUGGAACUGCGCUUAUUUGGCAUUUCGAAACUCAGCAAUGGAAGUCCUCCCGAUUGCACAUGACGGAAAGACUACCGAGCUGUCCGGCACCAUCGCCGGAGGAAAGCACUAAACCGAAGGUUACAAUGGUCUCAUGGGAUAACACGGACGAUUGGGUCAUUACUGCGGUGAAUGAUUUCACUAUCAAAAUAUGGAAUGCUCACACUUUCAAGCUACACAAGGUGCUCCGUGGACAUACCAAUGAAAUUUAUGUGCUAGAAUCUCAUCAAAAAGAUUCAGGGGUUCUACUAUCUGCCGGUCACGAUGGUCAACUAUUCAUAUGGGAUAUUGUCCGUGGAGUGUCGCUGGCAAACUUCCUCAAUCACAUCGACGGACAGGGUGACGGAGGAAUUUUCGAUGCCAAGUGGUCACCUGAUGGGAACAUGAUCGCCGCGACCGAUUCCCACGGACACAUACUGAUGUUCGGUUACGGUUCUGGGCACGAAAGAUUGAAACAACUGCCAAAAGAACUUUUCUUCCAUACAGACUAUCGACCGUUGAUUCGGGAUGUGUCUCAUCACGUGAUGGAUGAACAGACACAAACCAUGCCUCAUCUGAUGCCACCUCCGUUUUUGGUAGACAUUGACGGAAACCCAUACCCUCCAGGUAUGCAAAGGCUGGUUCCCGGGCGUGAAAGCUGCCCAACAGAUCAGUUAAUACCAAACAUUGGCCUAGGUGUAGAGGCGGAAUCGGCCCAGGAAAUAUCUUACUCAAACAUCGACCGGAUGAUUGAGGCGUUGGCAAACCGGCAAGCUCCAGCCGACGAUGUCAAUCAGGCCCCAGACUCGAACAACGAUCGUGACAAUCGAGCUCGAAAUGGGUUCCAGGAAGGACAACCUAAUGACCCAAAUCGACCCAUCGGCCUUUCCCAGCAAGGAUUUCAGCGGUUCAGUGCCGGCAACUGGCAUCGAGAAGGUGGCUAUAAAUUCCACCGGCGCCAAUACGUGCGUCCAAUGAACCAUUCCAAUCUUCAAUUUCUUAAACAGAAAAUUUAUGCUGCUGGGCUUCAUGAGCACGAUCAAUACCGGCGGGAAAUGCGACGACGCCCGCUAAUGAUUAAUACAUCGAACAGCAGUAAUUCUGCGGGAGGCCAAGCCAACCGACGUUCGGGAGGACGUAGCAAUCCUAAUCAACGUCCAGCCAGACGUGCUCAACCCAAUGGAGAUCCGAAUGGAAGAGCACAACCUGCUUACCGUACCCGAGCAGUUCGAGAGAAUGAACCUGAGCCUGAAGCUCCAGAACAACACGAAUCUUCCUCGUCCGAGACGAGCAAUAGUGAUGAUUCGACAGCUAUCGAAGAGGAGUUGGAUCUAUCGGCCUCGUCUAGUUCGGAUUCGGAAAGUUCCGACUACUCUGACUGGGUUUCACAUGAACCGGGACGUAAUUUAGAACCACCAAAACGCUCCAAACGCAAACACGUUGAACGACGCGCCUACUCGCCACCGGAAAUGGAGCAGCCAGGACCGAGCAAUAGUAACCGUCGACCAAAAGUACGCAAAAUCCCAAUUACUCGCGAUGGAGAAAUUCCAGAACAAUUCCGCCCGCCGGAAUGGUUGAGCGAAGUUAUUCCACGCAAAGCUCCCUACUAUCCGCAGAUGGGUGAUGAAGUAGUGUACUUCCGGCAAGGUCACGCCCGUUAUCUUGAAGCAGUUCGCACCAAAAACGUCUUCAACCUGGGAAACAAAUGUGAGCCAUGGGCCUCUCUCGAUUUGCGGGAUCACGAAUUUUGUAAGGUUAUUGGUAUCAAGUACGAGAUAAGACCUCCACGAUUAUGCUGCCUAAAGCUGGCAAUCAUGAACGAGGACCGGGUACAAACGGGUCGCUCAUUUGUGAUCAAAUAUCACGACAUGCCGGACGUGCUAGACUUUUUGGUUCUGAAGCAAACAUUCGACACCUCCGUCCGUCGUAAUUGGGGUCCCGGUGAUCGUUUCCGUUGUAUGAUAGAAGACGUUUGGUGGCUUGGUCAGAUUGAAUCUCACAAUCAGUUAUCCGCUGGUUUUCCCGAUUCGCUCUUUAUGUGUUUCCGAGUUCGGUGGGACAAUGGUGAAUAUGAGUUCAUGAGUCCGUGGGAUCUGGAACCGGUGGAUGAAAACCGAUUGCCGGCAGAGGUUGGUGGAGCAGUUCCUGUUCUACCGGAGGAGUUGAGGGCAACGUUGUACCAGCCCAAACCAGAGGAAUGGCCACGCGGUGAUCGAGAUGCAUCCUGUCGACGGAUUAUUGCCGGAAUGGAACAAGUAAUGGGACUCGCCAUAGCGGAUCUGUUUCUGGCUCCGGUGGACCUCAACAUUUAUCCCGAAUAUGCUUUCGUUGUGGAGUAUCCGAUAGACCUAAACACGAUCAAGGCACGGUUCGAGAAUCAUUUCUACAGGCGAAUUACAUCGGCCCAAUUCGACGUUCGUUAUUUGGCUACUAAUGCGGAAAAGUUCAAUGAAAGUCACAGUAACAUCGUCAAGCAUGCUCGAAUCAUUACUGAUCUCUGUUUAAGGAUAUUGGGCGAUUUGAACAAUGUAGACGUUCCUGCUGUGUACCAUCAACUAGCGGACACUUACGUUUCUUCGGACUCGGACAGCGAUGGGAACCAGCCGGGACCGUCCACUAGCACCAGCACCAGACGACCUCCGGCUGGAUCUAGAAGAUCACGUCGUUUGGUACCCGAAGGCGACUGGCGUGUGGAUUGUCGUGAAUUGUUGGAGAUGAUUUGGCAGUGUGAUGAUUCGGAACCGUUCCGGGAACCGGUGGAUACGAUCCAGCAUCCAGACUAUCUGCAAAUUGUCGACACACCGAUGGAUCUCCGCACGAUAAAGGAAGACCUACUGGGAGGAAACUAUGAAUCACCGUUGGAUUUCUGCAAAGAUAUGAAGCUCAUAUUCCAGAAUUCGCGCAACUACAACACAAAUAAACGGUCUAGGAUCUACUCUAUGACCCUCCGGUUAAGCACACUCUUCGAGGCUCACGUCAAGCCAGUCAUCUACAACUGGAAGUCGGCUCGAAGGCGUGGCAAAGCCAAUGCAGCUAAACGAACUAGUGGCGGCACUGCUGGAGCUGCGGGGUCUAGUUCGGCAGCACCAAAGAACCGUCGAAACGAUCGAAGCCGGGCGGGAACCAGCGGUGGUACUGGUAGUGCAGGACCGAGUCGACGUUCCAAUCCGAGUCACAACACAACAGGAUCGUCAUCGAGGACACGUCCUUCGGAGGAUGAUGACGACGAUGGAGAUGAGGAUGAUGAUAGCCCGAAGAAGAGACCGACCAGGAAUGGAACGGCUGCUGUUGCAUCGGUAGCAACCAGAAAAGGACAAUCGACCAGCUCAAACGGUGUGUCGUCGAGUAGUAACAAUUUGACACUCAAUGCACAACCUGGUCCAAGUCGCAACAGAACGGCAUCAGGCACAGCGGGUCCUGCAACUACCAGUCGGAUGACGAGAAGAUCUCAGGAAACGGAAGCUGAAGACCGAACGGCUAGCAGUGUUGAAUCGGAGAGUUCGAGCGAUUCGAGUGAUAGUAGUGACGACAGUGCGGGAGUACCGGUUUCAUACCUAAGGAAUUACGAUUCGGGUGACAUUUAUGACCCUUACAAAAGGAAACGUAGUAAGAAGGCCAAACCCAAGAAGGACAAACGAAAUCCUAGCAGCAAGAGCAUGGUAAGCUCGUCAACAGCUAAAAAGAAACCUUCAACGGCGAGUGCGGUCGCAACUGCCGCAAGCACAUCAAGAUCAGAGGAUUUUGUGUCCAGUAGACAACAAACGACGCAACGACAAAGAAACGGAAAUGCAAGUGUGCCAGCAAUCACAGGAUCCAGGCAGAUUGAGCGAGUUGUUGAGGAUAGAGAACAUCGAGAAGAACGCAGAAGAGAACAGGAAAACGAUAAGCCAAAGAACACUACUAGUAGUACCACCAGUAGACGAAUGUUGAGAAGCACUAGAAAUAAUACCGGAAGCGAUAGUGAAGAAGAUGAUGCCGGCGAAGGCCCGAGCAGCGGACGUAGACUUUCAAAACGACCGCAGAGAUACGAGUCAGAUCACAGUUAUCAUAUGGAACGACCGAAAACAUCGCGAAUAGUUUCCGAUUCCGAGCACGAGGAGGAAUCUCCGCGAUCAACUAGAGGCAGUACUAGACGGGCACAGGCUGAAUGGGGCAAAAGUGAAGACAGUUUGGAUGCUCCGGGCGACGACGAGCAACCAUCGAACUCGCAACCGUCCGGCAGAAGAAAACGACCGCGAAAUCGAAUAUCGGAUCCGGAACAAAGCCCAGAAGAAACGAGUAACAUUAGCAAACGUGUUACUUCUCAACGAGCCGCUAAUCGAGCUCGAAAUUGGCAGGCAAGCGAAAGUGAUAACGAUCCGCACGCUCAAUUACAAUCUCCCGAGCAGCCCAGCACGAGCUCUGCUGGACCUUCUCGCUCGCGGGUUAAUCGAACGAAUGGUUCGCCCGCGAAAUCACCCCGUAAAACCGAAAGUCGUUCCACGAAUCGCCGGGUACGUAAUGUGUCCCGGAGUGAACCUUCAGUAACGCCUCCUCCCCACACGGUUGACCACAAUUAUGGUGAACCCUCGUCGCGGAGAACGCGAAAUCGACAUCAACUUUCCCGUCACCAGCGCAAUGCGGAUGAGUUAGAUCAAACUCCAGAUGAUCACACGGAGGAAGCUACUGAUGACGAUGCUCCAUUGAGACCUCGUCAAACCGCAGGUCAAAUCAGUUCUCGGUUGCGAAGUAAAACCAAUUCACCAGCCAAACGAAAGAAACCAUCUGCAACCUCGGAUGAUGACCAGGAGGAUGAUUCCGACGAGGAGUUCGUCGGUGAUGCAGAGGAAGCUGAAUCCGAGGAAGAAGAGGCAGCAAGCACGGAUGAUGAUUCGGACGAUAAUACUCCGCUGCAAACAAUGUCUUCGCAGCCCCGCGGGAGUCGAUCACAAACGGCUAGCAGAAAAAUUGCAGCGAGUUCCCGGAAAACAAAUGUCAGCAGUCGAACGCGGCAGAGCGAACGGUUUUCCUCUGAAGAUGAUUACGGGGGUCCUGGCCCGUCGAGUUUGCGAAGUACCAGAAAUAUGAAGCGCCCUCACUACAAUGAAGAAAGCGAUGACGACGAUGCAACGACCCGGCAACGACCGAAGCGGUAUGCCAUGUUCGGUAGUCAGCCUAGCAGUAGUAGUAGUAGUCACCUUAGACCGUCGCAGCAACAUGGACCUUCAUCUUCUUCCCAUCGGUCCAACGGUGAUGCAGUGGCUAGUAGUGGCGAUGGGAGUGAUGCCAUCAGUGAGGACAACGAAGCGUUAACUAGCGUUAGCAGCCGGGGCCGAGUGAGACGGAUUAAUCCGAAAGCACGGAAAAUAUUUCGCGAAUAGUGUCCCAUUGCCAUUGAUUUACAGCGUCCAUCGCUUUCCCAGUUGUACAGUGCAGUCUUUGUAAUAUAUUCCCUGUUCCAUAGUUGCAUUAGUCGUGCCCCGUUGUUAGAUUAUAAUAGAUUGGUAGGUGACUGCCGAAGCGAGAGUCGCCACCACAACGCGUUCCAAUACUGCCACUUAAUAACAACAGUUUUAGUUUGUUUACUCAAACAAUUGAAUAUUUGAUGCGUUUACCCUUGAUUUAUAUUAUUUAUCUAUGGUAGACAGCGUUCGAAAGUAGACUUUCAUUUACAUAAAUACAAUCAACUUACAAUGUCUUUGGACACAAGAAGGAUAUUUCGAAUCCUAAAAUACCGAAUGAAAAUAAAUCUUGUAGAAGAAAGACUGAUCGAAUUCAUGAAAUCGUUGCUUUGUUUAGUUUUUUUCAGAGCCACGCGCGAUCAUUUUGUUAAAAGAAAACAGUGCUUGCGGCAAGAGCGCGUUUCGAAGGGAACAUUAUUAACAACAGGCAGUUCUACUGUUUUUGCCCGAACAAAUUUCAGUAUAAAUGUGAAAGUCGCGAUCAAUCGAGUAACAGUGGCAUAAUCGUGACUCUUGUAAGUAGUUUUAUUCGCUAAGUUUGCAUAUAAAUAAUACAAAACAAAAAUCGUGAUUCAUUGCUAACAGAGAUAUGGCAAGAAGCCGAUGAAAAAAUCGCUAGCUAUUAAGCCAGAGUAAGAACCUGUGAGAAGAUAGAUUAUAACCUUCAAAAAUGUUGUAAA